CGUGUUGCCACCGCAGACAGCUCAUUUAGGUCAUACACCGCCACCUGAACAGCAGCAAGGAUACCACGCUGUGCAAAAGCUGCUCUACACAUCCCUCACGCCUACGCGCACCGCUUUUUGCAAGCGCGCGCGCGAAAACACGCAAACCACGAUGCCGAAAACUUCGCGCUCCCUCGCGCUAGCCGCGCUCCUCCUAGGCAAUGAGGUGGCGGCCUUUUCGAUGCAGCUGCCCACGACGGCCCGCCGCAGCGGCCCGCGGGCCAACGGCCCGCGGGCCAACACGGUAGCCAUGUCGAUGCAGGGCCGCCGCGCGUUCGGCGCCUCGCUGGCCGCCGGCGCCGCCCUCGCUUCCAGUAAAGCGGCCUUCGCCGCCGAAGGGUCCAGGUGGGCCGUCUCCGAAUUUUUGGAUGUGGUCGGCAAGGACGGCGUCGAGCGCGUCGUCUUCUCCGCCGACUCCAAGAAUUUACUCGCGCUGGACGCCGACGGCGCCAGACACUCCGUAGAAAUCCUCCCGACGGAGGUGCCCGAACUCGUGACGCAAUUACGGGCCAAGUCCGUGCCCUUCGCGGUCCAGGCCGCGCCGACGGGCGACGGCGACGCCCUCGCUGGAUUAGCCGCCAACCUCCUCUUCCCCUUGGUGCUGCUCGGAGGCCUCUUCUUCCUCGGCCGACGGGGCGGCGGCAUGGGCGGCAUGGGCGGCAUGGGCGGCCCCGGCGGGCCCAUGGGCAUGCUCCAGCCCAAGAGCAAGAUCGAGAUGGAGCCCCAGACGGGCGUCACGUUCGACGACGUCGCCGGCUGCGACGCGUCCAAACUCGAGCUCGAGGAGGUCGUGGACUUCCUGUCGAACCCCGAGAAGUAUGAUAAAGUGGGCGCCCAGUCUCCCAGAGGCGUGAUGCUCGAGGGUCCCCCGGGUACCGGUAAGACCUUACUCGCGCGCGCGGUCGCGGGCGAGGCCGGCGUGCCCUUCAUCUCCUGCUCCGGUUCCGAGUUCGUCGAGAUGUUCGUCGGCGUCGGCGCAUCUCGUAUCAGAAGCUUGUUUGCUGACGCGAAGAAGAACGCGCCGUGCAUCAUCUUCAUCGACGAGAUCGACGCCAUUGGCCGGCAAAGAUCGUCGGGAGGUGGCUUCGCGUCCAACGACGAGCGGGAACAGACUCUCAACCAGAUCCUGACGGAGAUGGACGGCUUCUCGGGGAACACGGGCGUGAUCGUCAUCGCGGCCACGAACCGCGCCGACAUCCUCGACAACGCCUUGUUGAGACCGGGCCGCUUCGACCGCCGCGUCCCCGUGGACCUCCCGGACAAGGCUGGAAGGGUUGAGAUCCUCAAGGUCCACUGCCGCGACAAGCCGCUCGCCCCGGACGUGGACUUAGAUGCGAUCGCCUCCCGGGCCAUCGGCUUCUCCGGCGCGUCCCUCCAGAACCUCAUGAACGAGGCGGCCAUCGUCGCCGCGCGCCGCGAGAAGGAGGUCAUCACUUUUGACGAGAUCGACUUCGCCAUCGACCGCCUGCAAGUCGGCAUGCAGAAGCCGUCGACCCAGGGCUUCCAGAACAAGGACGCGGCGCGCAAGCGCCAGGAAUUGGUCGCGUGGCACGAGGCGGGCCACGCGGUCAUGGCGGCGCUCACGCCGGGCUACGACGGCGUCGCCAAGGUGACCAUUAUUCCCCGCACGAACGGCGCCGGCGGCUUCACGCUUUUCACGCCGUCCGAGGACCGCAUGGAGUCGGGCCUGUACAGCUACAAGUUCCUCAAGAGCCAGCUCUCGGUGGCUCUGGGCGGCCGCGUCGCCGAGGAGUUGGCCGUGGGACGGGAGGACGUCACGACGGGCGCGUCCAACGACCUGCAACAGGUCCGCGACCUCGCGCGCCGCAUGAUCGCGCAGUGGGGCUUCCUCGCGGACGAGGCGAACCGCGGCAACGGCAACGCGCUCCGCGCGCCCGUCGCCUGGGAGACGCCCGACGGCGGCGGCCAGAUGGGCGCGCCCCAGACGGCGUCGGACACGACCGAGCGGUUGAUCGACGAGGAGACCAAGAAACUGGUCCAACAGGCGUACGACCACUGCUACAAGACGUUGUCCGAUAACAAGGAGCUCAUGCAGGUGCUCGUCGACCGGUUGGUGGACAAGGAGACGGUCGACGCGGGCGAGUUCCAGCAGAUGGUUUUGGAGCACACGUCGUCCGAGAAGUUCCUCGCCGGCGCGGCGACCGUGUAG